AUGAAGAAGAUAGAUUCCAAGCGAGAAAACCGCUCCAAAAGUGUAUCCAUAAUUGUAGAGUUGUUUGGUUCUUUCUACAUCAUCUCAUUAUAUGUUGUUAUACUUGCGGUCUAUAACUUUGUUGCUUUGUUCGAAACGAACGACUUUUUCUUUUCUUUUUUGUGUGGUCCACACUUUGAGAGGACAUAUGAUGGUGGACCGAAAUUGAAAGAGAGAGAUUUGCUUCGACCAAUCCCCUAUGGACCCGUAAAUGAAAACUCAGCAUUCAUUUUCAUUGGUGGUGUUCCACGGUCUGGAACUACGUUAAUGCGGGCCAUGCUCGAUGCACAUCCCGACGUACGUUGUGGUGAAGAAACACGGGUGAUACCACGGAUAUUGGGUUUAAGAGCACAGUGGAAAAAAAGUGAAAAGGAAUGGAAUCGGUUGCAACAAGCUGGCGUUACCGAUGAAGUCAUAAAAAGCGCAAUAGGCUCCUUUAUCAUUCAGGUAAUCGCUGGUCAUGGCGCACCGGCUCCUCGAUUAUGUAAUAAAGACCCCUUUACAAUGAAAUCUGCUGUUUUCUUAUCGGAAAUGUUCCCGAAUGCUCGAUAUAUCUUCAUGAUUAGAGAUGGUCGAGCUACUGUACAUAGCAUCAUAUCGAGAAAGGUGACAAUUACCAACUUCGAUCUGACUGACUAUCGUCAAUGUUUAACGAAAUGGAACGCAGCGAUAAGCGCAAUGAAUGAACAAUGCAAUGCUGUAGGAGACAAGUGUUUGAGGGUCUAUUAUGAGCAGUUGGUUUUGCAUCCUGAAGCGCAAAUGAGGCGGAUCUUGGAUUUCCUUCAGAUACCAUGGAAUGAUAGCGUUCUUCAUCAUGAAAGGUUCAUAGGCAAAGAUGUUUCACUAUCGAAUGUUGAAAGAAGUUCUGACCAGGUUGUCAAACCGAUUAAUGUGGAUGCGUUAUCGAAAUGGGUCGGUGCUAUCCCUGAAGAUGUGGUGCGCGACAUGGAUGAAGUUGCUCCAAUGCUUCGAGAACUUGGCUACGAUCCGAAUGCGAAUCCACCAAAUUACGGCAAACCAGACGAGACGGUUAUCAAAAAGACGGAAGAAAUUCAUAAAAAUGUUCAUGAAUGGUACAAGAAAGCUGUUAGCGUUGUAAACGAUCCAGCAAGAGUAGACAAACCAGUUGUUCCCGAAUAACAAGCAUUUUGCACCUGAAAUGGGUGGUCACUUAGCACCUCGUUUACAUCUCUGAAAGCCUCAGUUCAAAACAGAGUAUUAUCAGAGCUUUGCCAGUGUUUUUGGGUUUUUGUUUCUCUAGUAUCAUGCACAUUUUCCAUGUCUUCUAUAUCUGCUGUUAUACACUCACUGUUUGUACACAUAUCUGAUGUUUUUCAAUCCAUUUUUUUUAUGGUGUAGAACACCAAAGGGUUUGUUAUCAGAUUGAUUGAUGCUUGGAGCUUUCUUCUUGCGAUUGCUCAGGGUCUCAGCACUAUUGAGACGCUUUUGGGAGUAAUCUAGCCUGUGCAUUUCGUGCAAGAUAUAUUUCCGAAGACCAGUUGUGCCUUGGAACAAGUAACUUGCAUGAAUUAUUUGAUUUUUUCCCGCAUUAUAUAGUUGAAAACAAAUGUUUUUACAAUAUUCUCCCAGUCGUUUUCCACUUGUUCGUUGUUUUGAAGUGCGAUUUGUUCUUUGGUCACAUAUUGCAAUGAACUGAAUCAUUUCUUUCUCGGGUAAGGUUUUAUUCUUUUGUUCCGCAUUUUUGCGAUGAGAUAGAAGGUAUGUAUUGUAAAGCAUAAUCUAUGUGAUAAAUAUUGAGAGAUUU